AUGGACAGUUUUGAUAAUCUAAGUGCGUCAGAGAAAGCGGAAGCGACAGAGCUCCAAAGGCUGAUUGCAAUAGAGCAGCAGAAAGCGCAGUUCCAGGCCCAGGUGCACAACUUCACAGAUGUGUGCUGGGACAAGUGUGUGGACAGCCCAGGCUCAAAAUUAGACUACAGGACAGAGACUUGCCUUGUGAGCUGCGUGGAGCGAUUCAUAGACACCACCUUGGCCAUCACCAAUCGCUUCACGCAGAUGGUGCAGAAAGGCACUCAUUGA